GGAGUUGGUUACAUCGAAUUUAUUGAUCCAGCUUCAAUUAAAAAUGCGUUUGAAUCAAGUGAAUCGUAUUUUGAAGGAAGAAAAUUGAGAAUUUCAAGAAUUUAUGAAAAGAAGAAAAUGGCUAAGAUGAGAGACAAAAAUGAGAAUUUAAAAUUGAAAUAUUCAAUAUUGAUAAAAGGAAUUGAAAAAUGUUUGAACCUAAAAGGAGAAUUUAAAGGGAAAGAAGAUAGAAAAACUCUUGAAACAAUUCCGAGGACGGAAUUAUCUAAAUACGAGGAGGGGAGAGGUGGUAAGUUUAAGAGCCGGUCAUUUAAAGCCGAUACACAAAUUGAAACAUUGAAGGCAAACCUAAUGCCAGUUCAUGAACUAGGCGUUCGAAACGUCAAAUCAAAAAUUGUUGUUCCGAGAAAUGAAAGAAGUGGAAGGAACUCAAUGAGAAAUGAAAAUCGGAGGGAGCGCGGUCUAGGCGACCAAACUCCUAGAAGCCGUUGGCAUGGGAAUGAAAAUCGAAGAGGGCGAGGUCUAGGCGACCGAACCCCUAGGCGUUCUGUCUUUGAAAGGAUUAGACGUUAUGAAGGAAGCAGAUCACGUGACCGUUUAUGAACCACCCCUUUCGCAGCCGAUUCAAAGCCGAGGGACUCGUCUUUUUAGAAGGUGGAGAUGUGGUGAACCUAGACUCAAUUUGACUUUAAUUUAAUUUAAAUAAAUAAAUGACAUUUUAUCCCUUUUUAUGUUCCUAUUUAAGAAAUUCAUUUUUUCCCAAAAUAGUUCAUUUUUAUAAAAGUUUGUUCUUUGAGUGUUCGUUCCCCCUUUUUAUUAUUCCUUUUAAUUUGUUAUUUGAAUUGUAUUGCCUCUUUAAAAUAAAUAUUUAUUUGAAUUGGCUUG